AUGAACAGCUCAUCAGUGGAACCGCCUACCGAGCAGCCUGUUCAGACUCAAGGAGUCCCCGGGGAAGCCGGCGAAGCGCUGACUGUGGAGGACUUUCAUGGAGCAUACCAUACCCUCCUCACAGAGAUACGAGAAUACCUCUCUCGCCUCGGAACCCCAGAAACAGUACUAGUCCGUCUACACCAGUGUCUCGCAGAUGUCACGAAAGGAGGCAAGUUGACGCGCGGGCUGAUGCCACUGGAAGCCGGCCGGCGGCUCCUGCCCGGCCGACUCACCCCGACCCAGGCCUCCGAUCUCGCCGUGAUCGGAUGGAUCAUCGAGCUCCUCCACGCGGCAUACCUGAUCGAAGACGACAUCAUGGACGCCUCCAUCUUCCGGCGGACGGGGCUGUGCCGCUAUCUGCAACCGAGCAUCGGCAUGAGCGCCAUCGCGGAUGCCUGCAUGGUGAGGUCGUGCGUGCGGCACUUGCUGCGCGCGCGCUUCGAGCAGCACCCCCAGUACCUGGACAUGGUGCAUCUGCUGGAUGCGAUGAGUUUCCACACCGACCUGGGCCAGCUGACCGACGUCCACAUCGCUAAAACCACCUUCCGGGCCUUCCAUCACUUCACGCCCGAGACGUACCGCUUCAUCAUCACGAACAAGACAGCCUACUACACAGUUCACUUCCCCAUCGUAUUCACGCUGUACUACCUGCGGCUCUCGACGCCGAAGAACAUGGCCUACGCGAAAGACAUCUCGCUGCAGCUGGGGGUCUAUUUCCAGAUCACGGACGAUUACCUGGAUGUCUAUGGGGAUCCGGCAACAACCGGGAAGGUUGGCACGGACGUGCACGAGAAGAAAUGCGCGUGGGUGAUCACGGAAGCACUCCAGCGGUGUAGCUCCGAGGAGCGAGGUCUGCUGGAGGAGGCAUAUAGUAAUGGGGAUGUAGAGCAGGUGAAGGCGUUGUUUGAUGGAAUUGGGAUGCAAAAGGUCUAUGCAGAUCUGGCGACUGAGUCGUACGAGGGCAUUGUCGAAAAGAUCGCGGCGAUGGAUGAGAGCGAGGGGCUGGUGCGAGGCAUGUUUGAGUUAUAUUUGUCGAAGAUUCAUGGCCGAGAUAAGUGA